CAAGGGCAAGGCGACCGACACCCGUGACGACUCUGAUGUCGAGGAUUCUCCGAUGACACCGGUCAACGAGACCGCGCCGCUCGAGGAGUCGACCAGCAAACAGAAUACAACGCCGCCGGUACCGCAGCCGUUUCUUCCCUCUGGGUCGGGCGCGAAUGAGGCCCUAGCACAGAUGGCGGAGUACGUCGCGAAGAUCUUUCGGAGGCAGCACCGGCUGCAUGUCUUCGCGCUCUUCAUCUACAAGGGCCAGGCUCGUGUCGUUCGCUGGGACCGCGCCGGUGCCAUCGUCUCUACGCCGAUCGACUUCGCAGAGGACCCGUCUCUGCUCCACCUGGUCAUCUGGCGGUACGCGAGUAUGAACCAAGAGCAGCGCGGCUUCGACCCUAGCGUGGUCCUGGCCACCGAGGAAGACAUCGCACAUAUGCGGAAUUGCAGCACACCGUAUCCGAGUGGGUGGAUUGACGACUGCCGCAACGCUGCCGUCGAUCAGCCUGGAUGGCCUAUGUACAGGAUCAACAUGCGGGCCCAGGACCACAUAGAUCAGACGAACCUCCAGCCGCUCGUUGAUUCCAUGCGGAAAGAGUCCUCGCCAUCGUACCCGCUGAACGAGAAGAUCAGUUUCAUUGUCGGCAAGCGAUACUUCGCCACUGACUCGCCGACUGGGUGGGGUACUAACUACGAAGCCGUCGACCCUCUCCCCAACUUGAAGGCUCAACCGAAGCAACGCCGAGAGCCGAUGAUGGACGUAAAAGCGACUUUGCCAGUCGGCAUAGAAGAUGAAAUGGAACAGCUUGAAGCACCCUCAGUGAAGGCAUCUGCAACGCUCGCAAAUCACAACAAGAUAAUCUAUGUUUUCCUCAAAACACUUCAGCAGCCCCUGGAGGAUUGGGAAGAUGUCGUCGGCACACCGGAUCAAUUCCAGAGUCCUGCGUUCAAGGACUCCGUCGUGUACCAGCAUGGUAUUCAGCGAUCCAAGAUGAAGUCGUCGGGCUCGAAGCGAACGUUGGAAGGCGAACCAGCGGAUUUGGAAAAACCCGGCCCUUCGAAGAGAUCUAGACGUGGGACGACUGGGCUGCAGUCACUGCCGGAAGGGAAGACUGGCUAGACGCACGACGGGGUCGAGUUAUAUCGUCUCCAAAGUAUGUCUGUCUGGUCUGUGAUUGACUUUGAUUCGGAUGUGAUACUGUGUUGUAUGUUUGGUCAUAUUGUAUUGUUCGCCAUUGUCUACGUCUAUUGGUCGGGCUACCAUCCGAGUCUGAC